UUAAACAAUUAAUAAAAAAAUCAAUUAAAUUUGUGAUUUAAAUUGUAAACUGCUAGAAUAAAAAGUUAAAUGAAUUUUAGAUUUCAAUCGAAGAAACCGGUUGUUGCACAUCGAACAUCGAACUUUACGACAGUUGACUGUUGAUCACGGAACAUGGUUGAUCGUUACGCUAUAUCUUUUGUUUAACUAUAUUUAUUGACUGUGUUAUUUUGCUGCGUGUUUUUUUUUUUUUCUAAUAUUUAAAUUGUGUAAAUCUUUUGCAUUAUAUCUGUUAACAAGAAUAUUUAUGAAUAUUUCGAGUCACGUAACCGCACUUUUUCAUUGUGAUUUUCGCGGUUGUGCUUGACAUCCUGCGUCAUUCUUUGCGUUUGAUUGUUUGAUCGAUAGCUUUGAAAUUUUAUUUUGAUAUCCUCUCUUCUUUUUCAUUCCAAUGAAAGACAAAAUAUACGCAUGAAUUUAUAUUUUGUCUUUCCUUAUCCACGGACAAUGUACGCGGAUUGUUUACGGAUAUAUAUCUGCAAACAAUUGUCUCUCAGUCUGGAUGGAACUUAACGAGUUAACAAGCUCCAUUGAAACACUAACAGCUGCAAGUCGCAUUAAGGUCACGUGUCAAUUACCAAUUAGGAACAUACAUGCACGAUAGAUGUGUGCAUUAAGACAAGAAUUCCGUAAAUACAUUAUGAACUAACUGUAUAUGUCUUAUAUUCCAUUAACACUAUACAUGUUUUAGCUAUAAAGACCAUUAGCAUAAUACAUUCAUUUUUUCCCAGAGCCAGAAUGCUAGAAACAGAGGAAAGAGGAUACUUUCAUUGGGCAGAUUGGCUGGUGUUCGCGUUGAUGCUCGCCGUAUCUGCUGCCGCAGGAUUAUGGCAUUACAAGAGAGCACAGAAGUCGAGCACGGAAGAUUAUCUCUUAGGAGGAAAGAGCAUGACCCUUUUACCCGUCUCCGCUUCUCUCGUUGCCAGUUUCAUAUCUGGUGUGACGAUUCUUGGAAUACCUGCAGAGAUAUAUAAUUUUGGAACUCAAUACUGGAUCACCAUUAUUUCCAUAUUUUUUUCUGGUCUCGUCGUGGCUCUUAUUUACGCCCCAGUUUUCGUUGCAUUGGGAUUAAAUUCCGUUUACGAGUACUUGGAAAUAAGAUUCAAUCGCGGCGUAAGGAUUCUCAUAUCGUUGAUCUUUAUAAUUGACGUGGUCCUUUACCAAUCGAUCGUGGUCUACGUUCCAGCAUUAGCGCUAAAUCAAGUGAGCGGUAUCGAUGUACAUUUGAUCGGGACCAUUGUAUGUCUCAUAUGCAUGUUCUACACUAUUUUGGGUGGUAUCAAAGCAGUAGUUUGGACAGACGCGCUUCAGGUUGGAAUCAUGGUCGCUGGUGUUCUCACUGUUAGUAUAUUGGGUACUUAUCAAAUUGGCGCUGCUGAGAUAUGGAAGAGAUCUUUGGAUGCCAAUAGAAUUGAAUUUUUGAAUUUUGACCCAUCUCCUUAUACAAGACAUACAGUAUGGACCGUGUUAAUUGGUUCAUGGCUCUAUAGUACCGCUUAUAUAUCCGUGAAUCAAACUAUGGUUCAACGAUACAGAUCAUUGAAAGAUUUGAAAACGUCCAAACUAUCAUUAGCGAUAUUUACUAUCAGUAUUAUGUUGUUCAUAUCAUUAUGCUGUUGGUGUGGCCUAGUUCUUGUAGCUUGGUGGUCUCCACCUAAAUGCGAUCCUAGAGCUUCUGGUCUGAUUACUGCCGAUGACCAAUUAUUGCCCGCUUACGUAAUGGAAAUUGCAAAACAUUUACAUGGAGUGCCAGGUCUUUUUAUUGCUGCAAUUUUUGGAGCAGCUCUCAGUACUCUUUCUGUAGGUUUUAAUUCGACAUCAGUGGUUGUUUUAGAAGACUUCGUGAAAGGAUGCUUCGGUAUGAAACCAAGCGACCGAUGGUCCUUUAUUUUUGUAAAAUGUUUGGUUGUUUUGCUUGGUUGUAUAGCUAUAGGAUUGUUAUUUUUAGUAGAAAAAUUAGGAGGUGUUUUAGUUAUAACUGGAAGCUUAGCAGCAAUAGCUGCAGGCACUUCUUUUGGAGUGUUUACAUUAGGUAUGUUCUUUCCAUGGGUAAAUUCUAAGGGUGCAUUCAUGGGUGCUAUCGUAGGAUUCGUAAUCGCCGGUUGGGCGAGUUUAGGUGCAAAUUGGUCCAUCGGUGCCGGUCUGCUGGUUCCUAAAAAACUUCCGGUGCUCUUUUCUCAUUGCCAAGGCAAUAUUUCUGAAAGUUUCUUGAAGCAAUUUGAUCGUCCAAAUGAAGAUGACGUAUUUCCUCUUUAUCGAUUGUCAUAUCAUUGGUUCACUGGUUUAGGCACAUUAAUUGUCAUCAUCGUAGGUAAUUUCAUUAGUUGGUGGACUGGUCCUACGGAUGUUUCUUCUAUCGAUAAAAAAUUGCUUUCACCAAUGAUUCAUUCAUGGCUCCCAAAACCUAAAAAUGAAUAUGUUACUAAUACUGAAAAUAAUGGCAGAAAUAAUGAAUUGACAACAACAGCAAGUCUUUUAUUAUACGAUUUGAAAAAAAAAAGGAGAAAUCAACAUUUUCCUAAUAGCGUUAUAACAUAAUCCAUAAUUUAUUUAAUAUUUGCAAAGAAUGAAAUUAAAGUUUUGUUAUAUUCCUGCAAAUGUCAUUUUGAAUAGGUCAAAUUUUAUAUUGAAACUAAAAUUUUCAAAUAUUUGUGAAAUUUUACUUUUUCUUUGAUCAUGUUCCAGUACUUAAAUUUAAGAUAUUAUAGAUAAUACUUCUUAUAGAUAACAUUCUUAUUACAUCUCUAUAUAAGUUAGAUCUGCUGAUUCAAGUAAAGCGAAGUUUAUUAUUGUACAUGUGUACAUAUAUUAAUAUGCAAUUACUAGAAAUACGUAUGAAUUAUUUUAUAUCGAAUUUUUAAAAAAUAUACAUAAAAUAAAUUUUUAUAUUAUAUUUUA